UCCUGUGCGGAGCACACACACGGAGCGGCCCCGCCCCCGGAUGGAACCCAGAGGAACGACGGAGAGAAAGGGAGGAGGGUAUAGCUGGGCAGAAGAUGACGACCACGCUCGUGUGCUGCUAGCACUCCACCUAGAGCUGUUAGCCUACGGAUUGAAUGUUCAUCACCGGGGUGAUUCGCCCGCCGUACGCAUGGAGCAGAGUAACGCCGGGGCUUUCCCGCCCAUGCGCUACGUCGACGGCGGUGGCGGGGGUCGGGUGAUAACCAUCCAUGCUUUGGCGAUGUUCGACGACCUCAUCGUGAGCGGGACUGCGGUGGCCACAGGAGGAAGGGAUGGAGGAAGAGAUAGUCGUGGUGGCGACGCCGUUCAUCGGAGAACAACCUUCAGCGUUUCCGAGUGGUCUCCACAGCUGCUGCUGUCAUCAACCUCAAGGGAUCAGCAGCAGCAGUCUGGGGGGGUUCCUAAGGGCCAGCCUCAGCAGCAGGUGCAGCUCAAGGAGGGACAGCAGAACGCGGAGGGAUCUUCAUCGGGGGGCACACAAUCAGGCGACCAAUGCCCGACUGCAACCAAGCAUCCGCACCUGCCCGAGCGACAAGCUUCGCCGCCGGGUGACGGCGACAACGACGGCCGCGAGACUGGGAAGGGCACCCUGGAAUCUUCGUCGCAGCAGCAGCAGCAGCAGCAGCAGCAGCAGCAGCAACGGCGGCGACAACGUCGACCCUCCCUCGUGGGGGGGGGGCAAGAGGCCUUCCGGUCGAGAGUCGUGUCCGGCCUGCUGCUGCACCUCUGCCCUCCGCCCGGGCACUUCGCGGAUCUACUCGGCUGUGGGGACGAGCUGCUUCGGCACGUCCUUGGGAUGCUCGGGGCGCGGGAUCUGGCCAUGGUUGGCCUGACCGGGCGGGCAGCUGCCGUUAGCGUGGCGGCCGACUGUCUCUGGGCGAAGCUUGUGGCGGCCGAUUUUUCCGAGCGCGAACAGCACGCCGUCCUUUUCCUUCAGCCACCGCCGCCGCGGUCGCCGUCGCCGCCGCUUGACGCUGCUGAAAACGCCACAGCGGCGGCGGCGGCGUCCGAGGGAGGCUGCCGCGGCGGUGGCGGCGGCAGCGGCGGCAGAAAGUGCGGUGGUGGCAAUGAGGGUGCCUCCCGCCGGCUGUACGCCAAGCUCUCCGCCGCCCGCGCACGCCAAGCCGCCCAGGCGGCGGAACGGCUGCGGCGCUCGAGCGUCCUCGAGAUGGCAGCGCUGGGCCGCCUUGGCAGGGCAUGGGGCCUGUAUCCCUGGGCCCCGUACCUCCCCCGCGGGCCGUUCCACACCCACGGAGCCCCCCCCUCCCCGGAGUACGGCCUUUUGGAUUCGCUGGGUGGGGACGGAACGGGGCCGGGCUUGGCACUCCCGCUGCCGCCGUCGCCGCCGUCGUCUUCUAGGUGGCGGUCUGGCUGGCACAGCACUUUUGGCGCGCGGGGUGGGGGCGGUGGGGGCUGGGGAGGCGGUGGCGGUUGGCUGUUCUCCGGGGGUAGGAGAGGGGGGGGGUUCGGGGCGGGUUGGGCGGCGAAUCAGGCGGGCGUGCCAUCCUACCGGCGCGGAGGCCGUGGCGCGUGGGGGUGAAUCACUGCGGCGGCGGCCGAUUUUUUUUUUUCCUUGGUGUGGCGGUCUGUAACGGCCCGCGCGUUUGUGUGCCAGGCGGUGCUGCCUAGUCGCCGCGGGUGUGAAUUGUCUAGUCUCGGUACUUUAUUUUGUUUUCUUUUGCUGCCCAGGUCUUUCGGGGCGUGUUUGUUUUUUGCCGGAGGUGUUUUUGCUGUGGUUGAGAUAUGCGCGAAGGGCUUUGCGGGUGUUUGGGUGGCGGGGCGAACUGAAAUGUUGCCAUGCUUACGACCGCCGAUUGCUGUGCGCUACAGAGGUUGGUUUCGCGCGAGAGACGUCUUUGUACUGGGGCGG